CAUAUUUUGACGUAACUGGAGAUGGUAAUUGCGGUUUCCGCGCUAUUGCUUUGUCAGUUAAAAAAUCUGAAGAAUGUUGGCCAGAUGUUCGAAAACUCAUCUAUGAUGAACUUUGUAAUCGAAAAUCACAUUAUAUACAGCUAUUUUUGGAAGGUGAAAAGGAGUAUAAUCGAACCUUAUUUGUAACACAAUGGGAAGCUGGCCCCUGUAACAGGGAUCACUGGAUGUUCAUGCCCUCCUUUGGUUACAUUAUUGCUAAUGCAUUUCAACGACCCGUUCAUUACUUUAGCAGACAUAUUUCUAUUACAUUUUUACCUGAUAAUGCACCUUUGAACAGAAAUGCAUCGAUAGUCUUCGCCUAUAUUCAUGAAAAACAACACUUUAUAGCUAUGAAACUUAAACCUAAUGUACCCGUUCCUCCUAUUGCAAGUGGUUGGGAAGACAUCUGCUCUGAACAAAGCAAGAUGUGGAAGAACUUGUUUAUUUCAAGAAUUGCCCAUUUUAAGAAAGAAGAUGAUGAACGUAAAUACUUACAAAAGGAAAAUUUAUAA